CCGCUGGGGGUUCACCGGCAUUUUUCAGGAACUUUCUAUUCCGGUUGCAGGAGCCGCCACUCCCAAGAUGGAGGCACUCUGCGCCGCCAUUAAGCGCGAUUCUUCUGAUCUAUCGUCUCUUAAGACUUAACAGUCCUGCCCAAGAUGGCCGUCUCAGUUCCGGCACCCGCUUGUUAGCCACACCCAACAUGGCUUCCCUGAGCUGUCGUUCUCCCAGGAGCAUGGUGGGACCGGAAGUGAUGCUUCCUAGACUUUUCCGCUUUCUUUUUACAGCAGGAUCCCUGGCCGCUGGGCAAGGGGGGUGCGGGUGUUACUGACCUUUGCCUCGGCCUCGUGUAGCGUGGGGACGCGGUACAUCUCCCCGCAGCCUCCUUCCUCCCGCAGAACCCGCUUCCGGCCUUACAGCCCCUGCGGGAUGUUGCUGCUGCUGCUUCUGCUGCCCCUCUGCCGGGCAGUGGAGGUCAAGAGGCCCCGGGGCGUCGCCCUUACCAACCAUCACUUCUAUGAUGAGUCCAAGCCUUUCACCUGCCUGGAUGGCUCAGCCACCAUUCCUUUUGAUCAGGUCAACGAUGAUUACUGCGACUGCAAGGAUGGCUCAGACGAGCCUGGCACAGCUGCCUGUCCAAAUGGCAGCUUCCACUGCACCAACACUGGCUACAAGGCCCUGUACAUCCCCUCGAACCGGGUCAACGAUGCAAUAUGUGACUGCUGUGACGGGACAGAUGAGUACAACAGUGGCAUCAUCUGUGAAAACACCUGCAAAGAGAAGGGCCGCAAGGAGAGAGAGUCCCUGCAGCAGAUGGCAGAGGUCACCCGUGAAGGGUUCCGCCUGAAGAAGAUCCUUAUUGAGGAUUGGAAGAAGGCCCGGGAGGAGAAGCAGAAAAAGCUCAUUGAGCUACAGGCUGGAAAGAAGUCUCUGGAAGACCAGGUGGAGUUGCUUCGGGCAGUGAAGGAGGAGGCUGAGAAGCCAGAGAAGGAGGCCAAAGAAGAGCACCGGAGGCAGUGGGAAGAGCAGCAGGCCGCGUCCAGGGCCCAGCGGGAGCAGGAGCUGGCAGCCAACACCUUCCAGGAGCUGGAUGACGACAUGGACGGGGUGGUCUCGGUGGCUGAGCUGCAGACCCAUCCAGAGCUGGACACGGAUGGAGAUGGGGUGCUAUCUGAAGGCGAGGCCCAGGCCCUCCUUGGUGGGGAUGCACACACGGAUGCCAGCUCGUUCUAUGACCGUGUCUGGGCCGCCAUCAGAGACAAGUAUCGGUCUGAGGUGCUGCCCACGGAGCUGCCAGAAACUUCAUCCCCUGAUGUGUCGCAGCCCAAGGAGGAGCCGCAGCCAUCAGUGCACUUGCUGCCCACAGAGGAGGAGGAGGAGGAAGAGGAGGAGGAGACGGAGGAGGAAGAGGAGGAGGAGGAGGAAGAGGAGGUGCAGGGGGAGCAGCCCAAGGAGGCCCCACCCCCACUCGAGACCCCGCAGCCGGCCAGCCCCACCGAGGAGGACAAGAUGCCACCCUAUGAUGAGCAGACGCAGGCCUUCAUCGAUGCUGCCCAGGAGGCCCGCAACAAGUUCGAGGAGGCUGAGCGGUCCUUGAAGGACAUGGAGGAGUCCAUCAGGAACCUGGAGCAGGAGAUUUCCUUUGACUUUGGCCCCCACGGGGAGUUUGCCUACCUUUACAGCCAGUGCUACGAGCUGACCACCAACGAGUACAUCUACCGGCUCUGCCCCUUCAAACUCGUCUCACAGAAACCCAAACUCGGUGGCUCCCCCACCAACCUUGGCACCUGGGGCUCAUGGGCAGGUCCAGACCACGACAGAUUCAGCGCCAUGAAGUACGAACAGGGCACGGGCUGCUGGCAGGGCCCCAACCGCUCCACCACCGUGCGCCUCCUGUGCGGGAAGGAGACCGUGGUGACCAGCACCACAGAGCCCAGUCGCUGUGAGUACCUCAUGGAGCUGACGACACCUGCAGCCUGCCCGGAGCCACCCCCAGAGCCACCUGCCGAGGGAGACCACGACGAGCUCUAGCUGGGCAGAGAACCUCAAGGCAAGAAGCCAGCCCCCAGCAGUGCCGCCCACCUGCCCUUCACUCUGUGGACCAAGGCCUGCCCCCUCGGGUUCCUCCCCCUCCCAUGGGGCAGGAACCUGAUGGGCUCCCCCUGCUCCAGGGGCCCAGGUGGGGCAGAGCCAACUCCCGGCCCGAGUGGCCUCCAAAGACGGGGUAAAGGAACUGGCCCUCAUUGGUCCCCCACCCUGGUGGUGUGCCCCUGCAUCCCAUCCUGCCCCCCUCUUCCUCCCCUGGUGGGGACAGUGAAUGACUUGACCUGUGUGACCUUGAAACAAUAAAUGUGACUUAUCUCCAA